AGUAAGAACGGCUUCUUAACUUCUUAUAGUAAUCUCCGUAGUAGGCGCCAAAAUUGACAGCAACAGGCGAGCAACACAACGGGUUUCAGUUCUUUAAAAAGCACAUUGAAAGUUUAAAUGCUUUUUUAUCUGAUUUUUGAUAAACAAAAUAGCUCAGUGCCAAAAGAUGCAAGUAAACUGUAAAGUUAAUGUAGUGAAUCGUUUGCUUCCUUCUGCUGGAAAAUCAGGUCCUAGCCGAUUAGCCUGGUCAAGCAUAACCCUCACAGAAAACAAAUCUUCCGUGGUUGAACUAGCGUUAGCUAAUUCACGUAACAAAUCAGGAUUUAAAUAUCGUGUCACGAACAAUAUUGAGCAAAUUUUCUCCAAGUUUGUGAGCCAGGGGAAACUUACACUGCGCUUUCGAGAGCCAGCUCAUGACUUGUGCCUAAGUGGGGAAGUUAAACACAUGGAAAAGAUUCUUGCAAUUAUAAAAGGGGAAGAUAGUCAAUUGAAGAAAGGGGUUCUCUGUCCCAUUCUAUCUAACAGUACCAACAAAGUAGUGAUACCAAAAACAAAACUAAGCAUUUUAUCCAGGGCGGAUUAUCCUGUAACAACUAGCUUUCCAGAAACACUGACUUAUUUAAAAAUAAGUGGAAUUGCUUUGAAAAAGUUUGAUAGACGUCUUCUCCACCUCAAGUUGCUUGAAAUCUUGGAUCUCUCUAACAAUCAAAUUACUGUUCUACCUGAAACUAUUCAUAACCUCUCCAGAUUAAAGCAGUUACUUCUUAGCAACAAUGAGAUUAAAAUACUCCCAGCAACAUUCAUAAAUUCAACCAGAGUUACCUGCUUAGAUUUAAGUCACAAUCAACUAGUGACGAUUCCUAGUUUCAUUUGUCGACUAUCCAGUCUUCAAAUACUAAAAGUAGACCAUAACAAACUAAGAUGUCUCCCUUCAACCAUCUCCAAGUUAAAGAACUUAAGAACACUGACCUUAUCCUGCAACCAAAUUCGCAUACUUCCAGAAUCCUUUCAAGCACUUGCAUUAGAUCACAUUGACGUCUUCGGAAAUCCCUUUGAAAAUUCACCCCAAGUAACGCCGUCAAAUCCUGGGAGUAUGACCAUAAAAGUUGCAUCUUUACUUGCCAUCUCAGCCAAAUCUACAAUUAACUUCAAGUUAAAAUAUACCGAGGAAGAUAUUCCGUCCACACUUAUAACUUACCUAUACGAAAGCUCCACCGUCUGCCCCUGUGGAAGACUGUGUGUCGAUGAUGGAAUAUCGUCAGAUGGAAAGAUUAAUCUCCUAAAAGUAUCUGGAAGUGUAAGCGGUGAUAAAAUCGUUCCUAUGAAAAUGACGCUUUGUUCCCCAGCUUGCUUUCAACGAUUCGCUCUCAAAGUCAUAUCGUAAAAUGUUAGAUAGAUCCGCGUUUUAUUCAUACUAGAAUACAACUAUAUUUUGUAUA